AGAAUCUAGAUAAACAAUAUCCGCUGCCACGGGAGGAGGCAUCGGCCGGAUGAAUUGAUUAGCAUUUUGCUGAAUUCUGGAAGAGUGAAGGAUGAGGGCAUUCUCUCCUUGCCCACUUCUUGCUUUUCCUGCUCUAUCUGCAACAGCUUCCUUGGCCGCCAUGAAAGUUAGUUCCAACGCUCAGCUUCCCGUCCUUCACCAUGACAGCCCUUUCGUUCAAGAGGUUGUCCAAGCAGUCGAUGCACUACACUCGGAGUUCAGAGCUGUGGAUAACUUGGUGGCACGUAACUCCUUUCGUGUUCUCAAAGCUUUUCAGAAUGCUCGAGUUGGAUCUCAUCAUUUUAGUGGAUCUACUGGCUAUGGCCAUGAUGAAGCUGGAGGACGAGAAGCACUGGAUCAAGCUUUUGCUGAGAUAGUGGGAGCUGAAUCUGCAAUCGUCCGGUCCCAGUUUUUCUCGGGGACCCAUGCCAUCACUUGUGCUUUGUUUGCAUUUCUGAGGCCAGGUGACGAGCUUUUGGCAGUUGCUGGAGCGCCUUAUGACACAUUAGAGGAAGUCAUUGGAAAGAGGGAUUCUCAUGGCAUGGGUUCACUGAAGGAUUUUGGAGUGACAUACAGAGAGCUUCCUCUUGCUGAAAAUGGUGGCCUUGACUGGGAUGCACUUGAGUGUGCUGUGAAACCUCACACAAGAUGUGCACUAAUACAGAGAUCUUGUGGCUAUUCAUGGCGACAAAGUUUAAGUGUGAAUGAUAUAGGGAGGGCCAUUAAGAUGAUAAAGAUACAGAAUCCUAACUGCUUGGUUAUGGUUGAUAAUUGCUAUGGUGAAUUUGUUGAAGGAAUUGAACCUCCAAUGGUGGGUGCUGAUUUGAUGGCGGGUAGCUUGAUUAAAAAUCCUGGUGGGACCAUAGCUCCAUGUGGUGGAUAUGUUGCAGGGAAGCGGAUCUGGGUAGAAGCAGCUGCAGCUCGUCUCUCGGCUCCAGGGCUUGGAACUGACUGUGGCUCAACACCGGGGGACAUAAUGCGAGCUUAUUUUCAGGGCUUAUACCUUUCCCCUCAAAUGGUUGGUGAAGCAAUCAAGGGAACCUUUCUAAUUGCUGAAGUCAUGGCAUCAAAAGGAUUUAAAGUGCAGCCUCUACCACGUGCCAGUCGACAUGAUACAGUUCAAGCUGUGCAGCUGGGGAACCGUGAGAGUCUCCUUGCAUUCUGUGAGGCUGUGCAGAGAAGCUCACCGGUUGGCUCAUUCACCAAACCAGUUGCUGGUUCAACACCUGGAUAUGCAUCAGAGGUGAUUUUUGCUGACGGGACUUUCAUUGAUGGGAGUACAAGUGAAUUGUCAUGCGAUGGACCUCUAAGAGAACCAUUUGCUGUAUAUUGCCAGGGUGGGACUCACUGGACCCAAUGGGGCAUAGUUCUAGGUGAGGUCUUGAAACACAUUUGAUAUCAAUCCUGAGCUUCUGAUCAAUCAGUUCUUCGACAAAACCGCCAAGGGUAUGAAGUCCGCGCUUUGCAUUGGAGAUCAGUACAUUCUGCGGACUGCUGCAGAGUUUUGGGCAGCUUCCACAGCUGAGCAUGCAAUCUGUAGCAGCGGUUAACAGUCACCAUAUAUUGACAUCGUCAGUGAUCGAUGAUCUCUCUUUUUCUGCUACCAUGGCUGCUUUAGCUUUGAAGUUUACCAGGCCAUUCUUUCUAUUACCAAGGAUCACUUAGUCAGCCUUUUGGUUUGCUAGGGUCUUUAGGAUGUAGUUGCAUAGUAAAUCUACUCCUGUUGAGGAAUGCUUUUCAAAUUGUGUAAACUUCUGUUAUGAUUAUUGUUAGUAGGAGUUAAUGCCAAUUCUGGUCUUGUAUUAUGAGUUGUGAACUCUUUCCUCGUCUUAUGGGAAAAGUUCCCCUGCCCCAGACUCGGUCCUUAGCCCACAUUGAGUGUCAUGGCAUUGACAUGUCCCUCUCGCAGUGCACGAGCAUACGUCUUACUGGACUUGGUGCACCGUGCUGUAACCUAGCCUCAUAGUCUUACAAGUUGCAGGGUUCC